UCCGAAUGCUUAGAAAGCACACGUGUUGAGAUUCAAAGAUCCAUUCUUGAUCGCCUGAAGGAGCGGGAGCACCGGUUUGUCUGGUUGCGCGGUUCUCCGGGCACUGGAAAGACCGCCAUAUCAACGAGUGUUGCUUCGACUCUUGACAAACGGAAUCACUUGGCAGCAUCGUUUUUCUGGGACAAAAAUCAAAAGGGAACAGGGCUCGAUUCGAUC